GCAUCUUAAAACCCCCGGAUGUGUGGCUAUUGAUGUCCGACCCUGUUUUAAGAAAUUCUACCCUACAGCCGAAAAAAGUAGUCUCGCAUAUUACUUAAGGGAGUGUAAUCUUGACAACAAAGUGGAUUUACCUAUUCCACGAAUGAACAAAUAUUACGAAGAGGCAUUAAAAGAAACAAAUGCCACAACGGCCGAGCAGAUGCGUGAAGUGGCCAAAUACUGCAUUAUCGAUGCUCUUAGCUGUCAGCGGUUAAUGGUCAAGCGUAAUGUAAUUAAUGAGUAUAGGGAGGUUGCGAGCAUAGCGUUUAUAUCAUUAUUCGAUGCGCAUUAUUUCGCAAUAGGAAUGAAAGUGCGCAAUCUUUUAAGUGCUGGUGCGUGGCAGGAAGGAAUUUUGACCAGUACAAUUCCAUGCGAACAAACGGAAAUAGGAAAAUACCCUGGGGCAUAUGUAUUCCCGCCGGAAAAGGGUCUUGAGAAUAAACGUCCUGUCACAGGUUUGGACUUCGCCUCCUUAUACCCCAGCUUAAUUAUGACAUAUAACCUCUCGCCAGAUAAAAUUAUUUUAUCUCGAAAGCAUGCCAAAUCUCUAAAGGAUAGCGGUAAAAAGCUUCAUGAAAUAAAUUUCAAAUUCAAUAAUCGGGAUGUUCUCGCGUGGUCUAUAGAGCAUGAAAACCAGGCUGAAAUGAAAGGCCUUUAUUCAAAAGUAUUAGAGGGGUUACUAAUUAGACGAAAUUCGCUAAAAAGACGUCUUGCUCUAUUAAAUGAUAAAAAAGAAGAAUUGGAAAAGAAGAUUAAUUUGGCGGAAGAAAGAGACAUAGUUGUUACAGAUACUUUACAGUCUGAAUACUCUUCAGUUGUCUUUAAUAUCGCUUGUUUAGACGCAAAACAGCUCGCUUUAAAAGUAUAUAUGAAUACAUUUUACGGUGAAGCUGGGAAUAGUGGAUCCCCUUUCUUCUUGCGAGCAUUAGCAGGUGGGGUUACAUCAGCAGGUCAGCGGAAUAUCAAGCUUAUUGCCGAUCUCGUUAGAAGUAAAAAGUUCAGUGUAAAAUACGGGGAUACAGAUUCCUUAUACCUUGUCUGUCCAGAAGAAUGUUUUCAGAAAUGUGAUGAGGCAUAUGACAAUG